GGUCGUGUUGUCAGACCUUAGCGUUGAUUAUCAGUUCGUUCCUGAUGAACCGCGCCAUUAAAGAGACACACUGAACACUAUCGCUGCAGUAGUGUAAGUGUGUGUGUAGCGCUGGUUUAUUGGAGUUGUACAACAGUGUGCAGAUGUAUGUGGCGUGAUGGCGUAUGUAUAGUGUGGUGUAGUGUGAUUGGUCUGUAUGGUGUGCCUGGUCAUGGUGCGUUUGUUAUGGGCGUUGCGCAGACGCGUUUCUCUGCAGAUCAGCUGCGGCCCAGCUCAGCAGGAACAGAGACACUGAACUCUAUACAGACGGGUUCAGUUCACCUAUAAGGAUGCCGGAGAUUAAUAUGGAUAAUCUGGAUGAAAAGCAGGUGCAGUUGCUUGCAGAGAUGUGCAUUCUCAUCGAUGACAAUGACAGAAAGAUUGGAGCUGACAGCAAGAAAAACUGCCACCUUAAUUCAAAUAUUGACAAAGGUUUAUUGCACCGGGCGUUCAGUGUCUUCCUGUUUAACAGUGAGGAAAAGCUGCUCUUACAGCAGAGAUCAAACGCUAAAAUCACAUUUCCAGGCUGUUUCACCAACUCCUGCUGUAGUCACCCACUGCACACUGCCAAUGAACUGGAGGAACAGGAUGCCAUCGGGGUCAGACGUGCCGCACAGAGACGACUACAAGCUGAGCUGGGCAUUCCCAUGGAUCAGGUGCCUCCAGAAGAGAUGACAUAUCUGACCCGCAUCCACUACAAAGCCCAAUCCGAUGGCGUUUGGGGGGAGCAUGAGAUUGACUACAUUCUCUUCAUGCAGAAGGAUGUGGAACUGAAUCCAGACCCCAAUGAGAUCCAGAGCCACUGCUAUGUCUCCAAAGAGGAACUGAAGGAGAUCCUGGAGAAGGCCAAGAGGAAUGAGCUGGAGGUCACGCCCUGGUUUAGCCUCAUUGCUGAGGCCUUCCUCUUCAAGUGGUGGGACAAUCUCCAUAACUUCAAACAGUUCAUCGAUCACGACAGGAUCCACCGCAUGUAAACGCCAUUUUUUUAAGGCUUAGUUACUAACGGACACUUAAAAUGGUUAGAAGUCUACAAGAUUAGCGUAAAAGUCUGAAGUGUUCAACCAUGAGGUGUUUUUGCUGGUUGUAAAUGGCUGGACAAGGAGCAGGCUUUGUCAUCAUUAUGUAGAAUUAAAGGGAUAGUUCAUUCAUAAAUGAAAUUCUGCCAUUAUUUCCUCACUCUCUUGUUCUCCGGUGGAAUGUUAGCCUCAGUCUCUGUUCACUUUCAUUGGAUGGGGAAAAGAGCAACAUCAACAUUCUUCAAAAUUUCUCCUUUGGUGUUCCUCUGAAUAAAUGCAUUUACACAGGAUUGGAACAACAUGAGGGUGGGUAAGUGAUGCCAGAAUUGUUAUUGUUUGGUGGACUAACCCUUCAAAUAUCUGAGUAGUUAAAUCUGAUGGAGAAAAGGAUCCAUAACUACAUUAGAGACAUAAUGGUGAAACAUGGUUAUAAAAUGACAUGAAGCUGCUACAAAGAGUUUAGAGCAGUUGCUGUCUUUGUCAUUUUCUUUCACAUGACUUUUGGAGGUAUUGCUAAAUAUCCAAAUAUGGUCUGAAGUGCCUAGUUUCAUAUGUGAGUCUAUGCUUUUGAGAGAAUGUUUUGUGUAGAUUGACCCAUCAAGCUUCACCGUGAAGUUUACAAUGGUUUAAAGUCAUUUUUAGAUGUGAAAAAUAAAAGUUGGUUUCUUUAUAGUCUUGCCCUCAUUUCAACCCGUUCCUUGCACCAUUUUUACAGACUUAAUAUUGGAAAAUUACAGUCGACAUGCAUUCAUCCAUCCUUUGUAUGUCCUAGUAAUAUAUCAUUUAAAAGAAAUAUUAAUAUAUAUAUUUAUAAUAUAAAUGAUGUACUUUAUGUGAGAGAUAAUACACAGUCUGAUUAGUUAGACCAGCUGAUUGUACAUUAUCCUUCAUUUAACAUGGCUACUUGUGAUACAAGAGUCCACAGAGUGAUACAAGAGACAUGAAACUAGCACAUCUUUGUAGGAAAUCAAGUGAAAAUAUAGCUGCGAGCAGCGAUGGCGGGCCCAAGCCGGUGGCACCGCCACCCCCUGUGCCUUUAGGGUUGCUGUGCAUGAUGGGCAAUAACAUAACCUCGCUUUGACUGUCGAGAAGAUGUGUGCUGUAGAGCUUGCACUGCAAAAGUGCGCAUUGAGGGCACAUAUCGACCACAAAGUAUGCGUGAGCACCCUUCCGAUACCUAAAAUGAAAAAUGAGACACCCUACGGUCUCAUGGAGUUAAUGGACACAUGAAAUAAGUACACAAGACUGAAAAUUCAUAUGAAGUGUGCCAUUUGGGACAGGGCCUAGGACCGUGAACCACAAUAGUCACAUCUAUGAGAUUUCAAAUGAAGAAUAAUUUUUUAUGUCAUAGGAUGUCAUAGGUCAAUAUCUUUUGCAGCCAGUAUUUAUCUGGAGGUCUUUGUACAGGUUUAUCAAUGUAAUUAUAAUUUACGCUUAUGUGUUCCUAUGAUAUGCAAUGGAGGUACAU